AUGCUAAACGAUGCUCAUGAGCAUGGGGCAGCGGCUGAAGAUUAUUUGAGUCGAGGACUGUUAAUUCCAGCAGCGGAAGAACAUUUGAGGGCCGCUGAAGCUUACCACAAGGCGCUUGAUCGAAGCAACGACGAAUCUGCACGGCGCACAUUACGAAUGCUGGAGAAUGAACACAAGAAGGCUUCCAAGGACCUCAACAGAAAAAUUGACCAACUCAGGGCUGAAGGAAAAGAUCCCAGCCUUCCGCAAAAAACUGUCGUCGCCCAAACCUCCCAGCCUCCCCCUCCCACUCAACGACCAAUGUCCGACUCACAAGGAACUGUUGACGAGUCUUUUAUGCUUCUGGGUGGCCAACGCUCCGACCCAGGAGAUGCUUUCAACCAAUUCUGGAAUAUUAUGCAAGGAAUGCUGGACAACCUCUCGCAACCGGUGGCUUUUGCGACUGCCCCACUAGGUUUUCCUGAGAUCCACCCCACGGAACCUCUUAUACGUCAUGACGGAAACGCUUCAAGUGAUACUGACUUUGAGGAGCCCAUGGUGGCACGUUUUGCUCGGAGGCUGGGCAUGAGUAGCGAUGGUAGAAAAACAUCAAGCAUGCCCAAUGAGAAAGUUCCACCAAUAGCUGACGAUGACGAUUUCGAAGAAGGAGAUCACCUGACUGAAUCUUUCUUUUUAAUUCCAUCCGACACGGAUCCCGCGUCUCCGUCGCUGAAGCAGGAUAAUGUUACCCUCAAGCUUGAAAUUGAGUCCUUAAAGAAGCGCUUGGAGACCGCUGAACGGUCUCUCCAGCUCCGCAAAGAACAAGAUGCCCAGCUGCGCGAUAGCAUAUUUUUGGCGACCAAGGAAGCUCAACGUGCCAUGGGUCAAUCGAUUCUGUUGCCUUCCUCAUCCUUGAUGCGAGAGAUGCCCGGUUUCAAAACGGGUCGGGAGGCGCAAUAUGCUCGCCGAGUCAAAGAACUCGAAGAUGAGCUUCGGGCCCUACGGACUGAGAAUGAUAAACAGCGGUCGAUGAUUGUCCGUUAUCAAGAGAAAUGGGAAAAGCUCAAAGAAUCAGCCAAACGGCGCAAGGCAGCUACUACAUCGCUGGCUCGGACCAAAAUACCGGAGGAGCCGGAGCCUGAACCGGAUGGAAAAAACUAA